CGCGCCUUGUCUCUUCAGCGCUGCUUGGCAUUACUGGUCUAGAUAAGAGACAAGCACUGUCGAAUAUUCAACACACUGAUAUGCUUAUCGCACUGCAACCGAUAAUGACACACCAGCGAGGAGAAAAGAUAAGGGUAUUGAAGAAGCGCUCAGAGUUGAUCGAACUAUCGCCUCGCGGCCACUGGUACUUAAGAUACAUGACUUCUUGCACAGCGUUCUGUGUCCAUAUCUCUUUCUUCCUGUACCACAAAUCACGAAUUCGAAGGAGCCUCUGGCCACGCAAUGUCGGAAAUAUCAACCGUUCUUCCUCAAGGAGCGGGCUAUGGAGUCGUUGUCGGAAUCGGGCUCUUCUUUAGCGUUCUUAUGCUCGGCCUUACGGCCAUUCAAUCGCGCUAUACUCCCUUUAAGCCAUCUAAUAAUGAAGAAUUCAGUAGUGCAUCACGUAGCGUGAAGCCCGGCUUGAUCGCUUCUGGAAUUGUCUCGGCAUGGACAUGGGCCGCGACGCUACUCCAGUCUAGUGCGGUCGCUUAUAAAUACGGUAUUUCCGGUCCGUGGUGGUACGGGGCUGGUGCAACAAUCCAAGUUUUGCUCUUCGCGCAGCUCGCGGCCAAGAUGAAACUGAACGCCCCGAAUGCACACACAUGGCUGGAAAUUGUUGGUAAACGGUGGGGAACUGUUGCACACCUGGUCUUCAUGUUUUUCGGUCUUGCGACUAAUAUCAUUGUAUCAGCAAUGCUUAUACUCGGUGGCUCUGCUACGGUCACUGAUUUGACAGGAAUGAGUACUAUUGCGGCGUGUUUCCUUAUUCCUCUCGGAGUCGCGAUCUAUGUCGUAGCUGGGGGCAUGCGUGCGACCUUACUUUGUGAUUACACGCAUACUACGGUUCUCUUCGCCAUCAUUUUGACAUUUGUCUUCACCGUUUACGCAACGUCGCCGAAAAUUGGCUCUAUUGCAAAAAUGCACGUUCUUUUAACAAAUGCAUCUGAAAGAAUGCCCGUGUCGGGUAAUGCAGGUGGCUCUUACCUGACAGUGCGAUCAAAAAACGGGCUUAUUUUCGGCGUGAUAAAUAUAAUCGGUAACUUCGCGACGGUUUUCAAUGACCAAGCGUAUUGGCAGCGCGCAAUUGCAAGUCGUCCCGCCAGUUGUGUCAAGGCUUAUUUACUCGGUGGACUCGCUUGGUUUGCGAUCCCGUUUACGUUUGCAACAACGCUCGGGCUGGCCGCAGUUGCACUGCAAGGCGAUCCAGAUAUGCGUGUUCUAAGUGCCGCUGACGUGUCAGCUGGCUUACCCGCGCCCUCCGCGGCGGCGGCGUUGCUCGGUAAAUCGGGCGCUGCUGCAAUGCUCGUGCUACUCUUCUUGGCUGUCACCAGUGCGACGUCCGCUGAACUUAUCGCCGUCUCUAGUAUCUUGACCUACGAUGUCUACAGGAAAUACGUCAAUCCGCAAGCGACGGAGGUGCAAAUCUCCCGGGUGUCUCAUUGGAUGGUUGCAUUCUAUGCACUUGUCAUGGGCCUUGCGGGACUAAUCUUCUUUUAUAUUGGUGUGUCGAUGGGUUGGCUCUACACUUUCAUGGGCGUCAUUCUCGGCUCCGCAGUUUUUCCAGCAGCACUCUGCGUCACAUGGAGCAAAGCGAAUAAGUCUGGGUGCAUAGCUGGUGCCAUUGCGGGCUUCUGUGCGGGUAUCAUCGCUUGGUUGGUAACGACCUCCUCCCUCAACAAUGGUGUUAUCAAUGUUACGACUAGUGGAGGUGAUCUUGAGAUGCUAGCUGGAAAUCUGGCUUCAAUCGGCGUCAGCGGCAUUGUGGCCAUCGUAUCUUCUCUCAUAUUUCCUGAUAGCUUCGAUUUUCAUGCCACGCGCUCAAUUAAUUCGGUACCUACGCAUCAUGUCCACAAGGAAGAGAAAGGAUAUGAAAGCGGGAAUCGCAUCUCGCAGAAAGAAGGUUAUGUAGAUGAUAAAUCGCCGAUAGCGUCGCCAGUCGAAGUGCGGAGCGUGUCUGAGCGCGAGCACGUUGUAGGAGUUACAGAUACCGAUGAACUUGAGACUGCAGGGCUUAAAUCCGCUUUCCGGUUUGCAGCAUGGUCAUCUGUGAUUCUGCUCUUGGUAAUGAUCAUCCUCGUUCCUUUGCCGCUUUUCUUUGCCCAGACAAUUUUUGGUGUUCGAGGCUUCGAGGCGUGGGUUACCAUCGGAAUCAUUUGGACAUUCUGCUCUGCUUUCACCGUCGUGAUCUAUCCUUUGUAUGAAAGCCGCGAGGCGCUGUUCAUGGUAUCUCGAGGUGUCAUCAAGGACAUCUUUGGUGGGCAGGGCCGAUACGCGUCGCCUGCCGCGAAGGGUACUAACAAGGAUAGUGCUCCGUGUUAGAAGUCCGAGAUCCCCUCGGCCCAAAGUAGGCUGUGCCCUGAAGCCUUAUUAUAUAUUAUGAGACGGCAGAUACUAACGAACCUUGUUGUGC